GUGCCUCCAGGGCUGUCCAAUGGCUGUGGCCCAGGGCGCCCCGGGGGCAGCCGGGAACCCGGAAGGCCGCCUGUGGGCUGCGGUCGCGGCGGCGGCGCAGGGGCGGCCGGGAACCCGGAAGGCCGCCGAUGGCUGUGGUUCUGCGCUGCAGGGCAAUUCCGGCCUGCUCCCGGCGAGGUAAGAUCGAUUCCGGCCCUUCCGAGAUGGCCACCCGGGCGGAAGCCCGGGCCGCGGUCUUUGGCGGGGCCGUCGUUGCCCUGCUGUCUGCCGCGCUCGCGCUGUUGGGGCCGCCGAUGAACGCAGCGCUGCAAAGAGCGUUUUCACCGCGGGCAGCAUCCUCCGUGCACGACAUGGACAGGACUUCCCUGCUGGUGAGAGCCAUCGUCCCCCCUCUGAGCGCCAGCAAGCACAAAGGGCAGGACGGAAGGAUCGGCGUGGUCGGGGGCUGUCAGGAGUACACCGGAGCCCCGUACUUCGCAGCGAUCUCGGCUCUCAAAGUGGGCGCAGAUCUGUCUCACGUGUUCUGUACCAGGGAGGCCGCGCCCGUCAUCAAGUCCUACAGCCCGGAGCUCAUCGUGCACCCAGUCCUUGACAGCCCGGCUGCGGUGCAGGAGGUGCAGAAGUGGUUACCCCGGCUGCACGCCCUCGUCGUGGGACCCGGCCUGGGCCGAGACGAGCAGCUGCUGGGGAGCGUCCAGGGCAUUCUGGAAGCGUCCAAGGCCACAGGCAUCCCCAUUGUCAUCGACGCGGAUGGGCUGUGGCUGGUGGCGCAGCAGCCGACCCUCGUCCAGGGCUACCACAAGGCCAUUCUCACUCCCAACCACGUGGAGUUCGGCAGGCUCUAUGAAGCAGUGUUCGGAGGCCCCGUGGACAGUGAGGACCAGGGCGACGCUGUGCUGAAGCUCAGCCAGGCCCUGGGCAACGUGACCGUGGUCCAGAAGGGAGCGCGCGACGUCAUCUCCGACGGGCAGCAGGUGCUCGUGUGCAGCCGGGAAGGCAGCGGCCGCAGGUGUGGCGGGCAAGGAGACCUGCUGUCGGGCUCCCUGGGCGUCCUGGCGCACUGGGCCCUCCUCGCUGGCCCAGAGAGAACACACGGCCCCAGCCCGCUCCUGCUGGCCGCCUUUGGCGCCUGCUCCCUCACCAGGCAGUGCAACCAGCAGGCCUUCCGGAAGCACGGCCGCUCCACCACCACCACCGACAUGAUCGCCGAGAUCGGAGCCGCCUUCAGGGAGCUCUUCGAGACCUGAGCCGCUGUGACGGGCGUGCAGGCUGUCUGCGAGGGCUGUAGUCGGGCGGAUGUGCAACAGGGAGCGUGGCGUGCGAUGACACUAAGGUCUUCCUGAACUCUGCUUAGCUUCCCGGCGUCACCAAACAGACGUGAAGGCUGCACCGUUCCCUCCCCAGCCGCGUCAGCGCUCCGUCGUGGUCCUCGUCCUCCCCAGCAGGCCCGCCGAAGGCUGUGGCACCCACCCGUUGUGCGUAGUGACUGGGUGCUGAUGGUUGUGGUUAACUUCCUGUUUCCGAAUAAAUCAGCUAAGAAAUCA